AUGUCCAUGUUGUCGAGCAUGUCGUCAGAUGCCGUGGCAGGAACCGCGGUGGGUGGUGAUUGGGGUAGCUUGGGGCCAGCGUUUGGUUUGCUGGUGGCUGUACUGUCCUCGACAGGCGGAUUUGGUUUGGGUUCUGGUUUUGGUUCCGGUCGGAAGAAGACUCGCGAUAAUGGCUUCUUUUUGGGACCGGAGAUUUUUCCAGUGGGUGGUAGUUUGGGUCGCGUGUUCCGCUGUUUGGGCGGCAGUUGGUCGCCUUCGGGCAGUUGGUCCGACGUCGACGCUUCCAAACGACCAAUGAAAAAUCCUCGCAGAAGCCCGAUUUGUCCCUUGGCAUGGUCCAGGUACAUGGCAGGAUAUUCUGGCACUUGCUGCAGCUUCUCGGUGUUGACAGGCUGGUCGUUUUGGUUGGAGAACGAGGCGCUAAGACGACCGUGUAACAAGUGGAACGGUACAGAGGAAGUGAGCAGUCCAAACUCCUUAUCAAGACCGAGUUCUCUAAAUCCGAAGAAAUCAUCGCCAAGCUCCAUUGAGAAAUCUCCGUUAAGAAAUUGGUCGCUGUUAUCGGAAAACUGCCGGUCGUUGAGUUCGGUGAUGCCUGGUCGAAGCAGGUCAGCAGUGAACUGGGUCAGCUUCCGUUUAAGAUCCUGUAGUUUCGUGCCAUGA